UUAAGAUUUUAAGGUAGAAAUACGUAUGUAUAUUAUCUUAUAUUAUAUAGACUAGUUCAAUAUUUCCAUAAUUUACUUUUCAUACCUAUUAAAUAUAUCUAUAUAUGUAGAUAUACAUAUAAGAAAUACUCAAAUACUCAAUAUACUCUAAAUACUAUAUUAUUCCAUGAUCUCCAAUGUAUGAAAUAGGAGUGUUAAAAACUAUAGUAUAUGUGCAUUUUGUUUAUUUAAAAUGAAAGAGUGCCUUCGGUACAGCUUUUGCAUUUAUAAAAAUAUUAUUUUAGAGCCAUUAGCCUUUACAUGAGAUUAUUAUCGAUUAUCGAACGGACACGUUGAUGCCUGUCUACUAAAACGAGGGAACAUUACCGUAAUGGCACCUAUCAAUAUGCCAAACUUAAAAAAAUCACAAGUCUCGAACGCAUUAUGCAUUCAAAACGAUUAGCAUGAUAAAUGUGUGUAUUUACAAAGAAUGCGCCAGUGUUAUUAGAACAAACGAGCAGCGGCAAUAAAUUAACAUAGCAGCGCUAACAUAACAUUGGCUGACAAUGAAUACCGUGCAUAUUUCAAAUUGGCUAAAGUCCGCUGUCUGGCAGCGACGUUGUUGCUCGCGUUGCCAACUGCACAAACGACUCUUUGCUUGGUUUCCGUUGAUCUAUUUUUAAAACCAAAGUCUCAUCGGUAAUUUGUAGAAAAUUCGGAAAAUUCACACACAUACACAAAUGAAAUUGUGUGCACAAUACAUAUGUACAAAUGAAUAUGUGUAAAGGUGUAUAUGGUAUUAUGCAAAUUAAAAAAGAGUGCCGCCCAUUUCCAAAUACGGCGGAAAGAGUUUAAAGCCGUGGGAUUUUGAGUGAUUUCAAAAUAUCGAAUAACGCUACUCAGAGAGUAGAGAAUAGCAAGUUUUUUCUUUCCAUAAGCGCAUGCGUUUCUUGAGAUACUCAAUGCAAGUUGUUUAUUUAUGUUAUAGUUGGCAAAAAUUUACCAGAUUGAAAAUUUUAGAAAGAAAUAAAUAAGUAUGUAUAUUGGAAAUAUCGAAAUAUAAAAAACUUUGAAAUUGGAGCGUAUUUAAUAUUAACAUACGAAUACUUUCAUUAUAAUCAACGCUGGAAUUAAGUAUUAUUUUGAGAUGAGUAAAUUUUGCAUAAACAAUUUUUAAAUUUGCGGCGCACAUGUUUUGUGAAAAGGAAGUACAAUACACACAUAGUAUGUAUGUGUAUGAAUGUAUGUAAAUAUGUUUAUUCGCCGUUUUCACGUAAUAUGCACGCACAUAUGUACAUUUUCUCUAACGGCACUUAAGAUGUUAACAAACUUAAUUGUUAUCUAAUAUACAUAUCUCCACACAUACAAAAUCACGUGUAAAUAUGUAUUACGUGUGUGUAAUUGUAUAACCAAAUGCAACUUUUCAACUUUUUUCUGGCUUGCUAAAAAUUAAUGGGUUUAUGCCUGUAGCUUGUAUAGAAAAUUAUAAAGCGUAGAUAACAUUUUGAAAUGUUGUUAAUUAAAAGAAAAAAGAAACAUUUUUCAAAACAAAAAUAUAAAAUGACUACAUGCCGGUGCGCCUGUACAAACAAAUUUAAUUGCGAUACAUACAUACAUACAUUCAUAUGUACAUAUGCAUGGUGAGUAAUGCAUAAGCACAACAACAAACUGACUUAUGGAACGCUAUAGGAAAAACUACACAUAUGUACAUAUAUGUACAUACAUAUAACACACACUGUUCGCUGAAUAAGCACACACAGUUAUUUGAAAUACAUAUACAUACUUGUACAUACAUAUACUUGUGUGUAUAUAUGUAUGUACAUAUAUAGCGAUAUAAAACAAAUUCCAUAUGAAAAUACUCGCCUGAUGACACAGAGCAAUGAAUUGGCGUUGACUCUCUUCGUCGGCGACCUCGACUGAGAGAAAGUGGAGCACAUAUACAAGUGCCCAAGCACAUGGCUAAAAUAUAUGUACAAACAUACAUUUGUGCUCGUCCUCUCCCACAUAUCCAUUGGUUAGCUAUAGGGCGGGCGUGCGCACCGCUAAUUUUACUGUACGAUCACAGUGGGGUCGAUUGGUUGAUGGUCGACGGUCACGAAUUGUAGUGUGCUGCAGCCGGCUAGUCAAGCGGAUAAUUCGUAAGAGACGACAAAGAGAGUAGGAGCGAGUUAUUAGAAAGUUUAGCUAAAAUUUUUACAAUUAUUACAUAUGGCUAUACAUAAUACUAGCUAUACACAUUUGCCAACUCUUCCUCAACAUAUAUUUAUUAGAUCACUGGGAGUGUAACGUACGCAACCGGCUAGUCAUAGUAGGGGGUGGUGUUUCGUGUGAGUCAAGCAUUUUGCACAUAUCACUCAAAUAGCAGGAGUGUAUGCAGAGAGUGCCGACGGUGACGAUCAUAUGGAGCAGGAGUAGUAAUUAGGUGUACAUAUGUAUGUGACGGUCAAACUUAUGUACAAUUUAUAUAUACGUAGAGGCAUAUGCAAGAGAUACAUUACGUGCCACAACUAGCGCGCAUAGCGGCAACCACGGGAACGGCAAUAGAGCAGAAGCUGAAGCAACCGCCAACAGUUAUGGUUAGAAGAAGCAACAGCAGAAAUUAAAUCAUCGUAGAAGUGAGGCCAACAAUACCGCAUAAUUAAAUUGAAGAGUGUUUUAAGUAGUUAAACAAAUAUGUGUGGCAGCGUUUUAAAAGGAGCAGCUUUUAAAUUAAAACAAUAAUUACAUACAUGUAAUAAUGUAUAACUGAAAACUCUAUUUUUAUUUAAUGUCAGUUAAAUAAAAUUUUAGAGUUGAACUGAACAAAAAAAAAAAAAAAAUUGGCGUAUUUGCAAAAAAAAAAUAAAUAAAUAAAGAAAAAAAGCAAAUACAUUCCAAUGAAAAUUUUGUAACUGAGUGAUUGCAGCGCGGCGAUAUUCCUAAGCAUUGCAAAUAUUAGCGCAAACUCAAAUACAACCGGAAACCUAAAUAAGUUUGUACGUGUGUAAUUAAAUAACUUUACGCGUUAUAUACGCAUACAAAUAUACAUACGAAAUUAAACCAAGUAUUACCAAAUCACGCAAACUCUACGUAAACGGGUGUGAUAUAAACGUCAGUAUCAUAGAUAAUGCAUACAUUGUAUGUAUCUAAAUAUAUUUACAUAUGUAUAAAUGUAUGUAUGUAAGUAAAUAGUGGUACGAUUAUGUUCAUACAUAAAUACAUAUGCGUAUAAACAGUAAACAUCAAUUGUAAUUGAAACAAAACAGUGAAAUUUUAUGUAUGUAUGAGAUACAUACAUAUGUAUGUGUAUUCACAGCAAAAGAAACAUCAACAUGAUUAGACAAAAAAUGUUUUGAUGAAAAGUAACUAAGCCCAUAUUGAUCAGCAAAUAAUAGAAAAGUCAAUGCAGUAUUUGUGGGAUAAAGAGAAAGUGCAUGUACGCAUGAACUUUGAAAUGGAAAAUAUACAUAAAUCAUAAAUAUACAAAAACCAAUAUAAAUAAAUCAUAGAAAUAAUUUAAUGCACAGAAAAACAUUCAAAGAUGCUCAAUAGAUUACUGAAGUAAAGAUAAACCAGCAACAGUAAACGAGCACACAGUUUUGGAGCGAAUCAAAUGUAAAUUCAAAUGAUAACAGCACAAACUCCAUUCCAACAAAAUAAAAACAUUACGAAGUGGAACAUUUGUUGUAUGCACAAGCUGUUAUCAGCCGUUGAUAUUUAGAAUUUGGCAGUGCACUAUAUAAAACCGUGUACUGUAUAAAUUAAGCUGCAAGCUGGUUUUCGUGAACCAUAUUUGUAGUUCCCCAUUUGCAAGAACAUGUGCAGCAGUUAAACUCUAUACACUAAAAUAAAAUAAAAAACACAGCUUCUUUUCUAAUAUACGAUAGUGCAGAUCACUUAUGAACUCAUAUUGAAUUGUCCGCCUGAGAUUUUUGUGCGCAAAUCGAAAUACUCUUGCAACGAGCAAACUCAUUAUGGUUCAAGGAACACUGUGCGAACAUAAAACAAAUACAAACGCAUGGCAAACAGUGAGCUAUAGUAAAAAACCGCAAACGAAAAAUCACCUUAAAGCAAAAGGUGGAGGUGGUGGUAGUAUCGAUAAGUCAAAUGUACAAAUUAAAAAUACAUUGAACAAAAAUUCGUUAGCAAAACCGAAAUCGCAAACUACUACAUUGCUUUUGAAAGCGGCAGCGAAUAAUCAAAACAUCUCAAGGACGAAAACGUCAAAAACUCAAAAGCUGAAUUUGGCACAAUCAAAUAAUGCCACAGUGAAGCAGAAAACAGCACCCACUGUUGGCAAAACAAACACAGCGAUAGCUGCAGUUGGCAGCAUACCAACUCAGCAGCAACAACAAACACUGCGUAAUCGACAGCAGCAGCAGCAACAACAGCAACACGUUCAGCGGCAGCAAUCGCCCUUGUUGUAUGUUCGUCGUCGGCGAGUAAAUCACGAAAUCAGACAAAUUAAACGUGCUCAUCGCCACCUAUUGACAAGUGGCGGGUGCGACUGGCAGCACCGCCAAGCGACCGAUAGUAGUGGUACUGGUGUGGCAACCUUACGCAAGCAAGACGUCAAGUGUCAAACGAAGGCCAAUAACAACUGUAGUCAUUCGAACAGCUGUCGCUGUACAGCGACAAAGAAGAAACAGCAAAAGUGUCAUCCAUCGCAACAACAAAAGCAACAGAAGAGAAAAUUGCAAAAUUUAGUGAAAAAUGCCCACAGUGGCGGAGGAGCAGGUAGUAAUAGCAGUGGUAAAUCAAAGCAGGAGAAAGGUAAACAACAAAUUGGCAUUGAACGUAUUGGUACUGUGAAAUCGAAGGAAUCCUAUGCAGAAUCUGUUAUCUCCUCGCGUUGGGAUUCAAUCGAAGAACAAUUAAAUUAUCUGGAUAAAUUACUGUAUUUCUGUGAAGACGAAGAAGAUGCCUGUUGUGCAUGGAAUUGUAAUAUAAACAAAGCUUACGAUUGCUGUAGUGAAAGAGCAAAAUCAGAGGAAAUUUAUUACGAAGGUGACGUCGACGACGACUACGAGAGUGACUGGAGUACUGAUUGGAGCCAAUCAGAUAUGUCAACUACAGAUAAGAGCGUAGAUGAUGCAGACAUGCAAUCCACAACAAGUGGUGCAGGAUCUGCAUCCACAACUACGUCACCUGUUGUUCCUACCUCACAUAGACGACGCGGUCAUCAGCAUCAUCCCCGUUUUUCGGGCACACGCCGUCCAAAUAUUCCAAAUGUUCAGGAAAUACUUGCUGCAUUAUAUCGAGGUGAUUCACAAAGUGUUCUCACCAACUUACGUCAAGCCACUCAGGCAGUACAAGAAGAUAGCACCUUGUGCGUAGGUGGCGGUAGCGAUGUAGAAACAGUAUCUUCCACAAUGGGAGAUUCACAAUAUACGGAUGAACCAGAUGAAGACUUGGAAUUACAGCUUUCAAAAACAUCAAUGCUGAACUUACCUUUAACCGACUCAGUAACCACGUCGAUGGGCAGCAACAGCCCAACUCCCACGGAUGAAAGCAGUAUGGUUGAUGAAGGCGUGGUAAGCGCACAAACGCCCACCAGCAAUACUGAAGCUGAGAGUGUGACUCCGAAAUCACAAAAAAGCAAAUCUAAACGUGAUAAAAGUGAAAAACUUGAUCGCUCAGAAAAAAAGAAAAGGACAAAGAAGGAUAAAAGUAAACGUGCAUCAGUUUGUUCCGAUGCAGAUGGUAAUAUAGUUAGUUCAGGCGAAGCGCAUACCGCGGCAGAUGAGGGUAUCGCCAUUGAUGAUGAGGAUGUACAAGCAGCUGAGUGGGCGAAGUUACGUUGUACUAGCGAAGCCGCGGAAAUUGUUGCAGAGCGUGAGGCGCGUCGAAAUAAAGGUCGUUGCGCCGACUAUCCUGGACUUGCUUUUGGUCGUUCCAUAUUCAGCUCUGAUACCAUGAUGAAGUUCAAUAUCAUACGUAACGAAUUGCAUAACAUCAUGAAAACGCAGCUUAAACGGGCCGAAUCAGAAGUAGCUGCAUUGAAUCGUCGCAUUCAAUUGCUCGAAGAAGACUUGGAACGUUCAGAGGAACGUUUGGGAUCAGCCACAGCCAAGCUUUCGGAAGCUUCUCAAGCUGCCGAUGAGAGCGAACGGAUACGAAAAGCUCUUGAAAAUCGUACAAAUUUGGAAGAUGACAGAGUAGCUAUUUUGGAAACUCAAUUAGUCCAGGCAAAAUUAAUUGCCGAAGAGGCCGAUAAAAAAUAUGAAGAGGUUGCCAGAAAGUUAGUCCUCAUGGAACAGGAUUUGGAACGUUCCGAGGAAAAGGUUGAACUUAGCGAAAGCAAAAUUGUGGAGCUUGAGGAAGAACUCCGCGUUGUUGGCAACAACUUGAAAUCCCUGGAAGUAUCAGAGGAAAAGGCCACGCAAAAAGAGGAAACUUUCGAGAGUCAAAUCAGACUUUUGGAUCAUCAGUUGAGAGAGGCUGAAGCUCGUGCUGAAUUCGCUGAACGUUCCGUUCAAAAAUUGCAGAAGGAAGUCGACAGGCUCGAAGAUGAUCUGGUAAACGAACGCAAUAAGAACAAACUGCUGCAGGAAGAGAUGGAAGCCACUCUGCAUGAUAUUCAAAAUAUGUGAAUAUCAUAAGCCACAUCAACGCCACUGCCACUCCCACUCGCUCUCCAUUGUGGCCUCCUCCUUCACAUGUAUACAUGCAAACAUACUUACAUACUUACUGUUUUAGUAUGAUAAAUCAAUGAAACCGCUGCAUAAAAUAACCACAACAAAAACAACCAUUGUAAUAAAAAACAGCAACUCGAUGAUGUCUACAAAAGUAUGCAAGAAUACAUAUAUACAUACAUAACUACAUACAUAUAUAGUGCCUUUGCUGUCGUAUACGGUGGCUAAAAGGGCCUCCUAAAAACGAGCCGGCGGAGUGGGCAUCCUUCCAUAAUAUUAAAGUAAUUAAAUAAUUAUAAUUAUUAAAAAAAAAAGAAAAAAACAACGUUUUGUUGCAAAACGAAUAGUGCAGCGUUACAUAAACUAGAGCCACAACAGCAAUAUUAAAAUAUUUAAAAAAACAGUAGAAAUAAAUCGCAAUUUUUUUAAUUUUUUUUGGUUUGGUUGCGAUGGGUAGUAGCAACAAAUAAUUCCAUUCAUUUCCAUUUACAAAGUUUGUAUGCAAUACCAAUUUUUCUUGAUAAUUAUUGUAUAAUUCUACUAAGAAAAUUGUAAAUUAUUUAAGCUCGAGUCUAAAUUAUAUUAUUGUAUUUCGUACAUUCCAAUUAUUGUGUGAAAAAAUUCCGUUUUACGUAUACAAAAAUGUAUUAACUUUUCCGCUUCAAAAGAGUGCUAAAAUUUUAACGACAUACUAUAUGUAGUUGAUAAAAGUAAACGAGAAAUGUUAAAAUCUAUCCCUAUAUAAACCGAUGCAAAGUACUUUUUAUUAAUUGACAUUAAUUUAUUAAUUAUUUUGGCAAUAUUUUAUUUUUUUUUUUUAUAAAAUACUAUAAAUUAGCGUUUUGAUAUUUAAUUUGUAAAUUUUUUUUCUUAUUUUUAUUUUUUUGAAAUCACCAUUAUGCGCCUGUUGCUAAGAAACAAUUUAAAGAUUUCAACUAAAACAUAUACAUACAUACACUACGUACAUACAAAUAAUGUUAUAACAAAUGCAUUAUUUCUUGAGUGAGGAGACAUUAAUUUAUAAUUUUAUUUUAAUUUAAACAUUUAUUGUUCUGUGCGCUCGUAUGUAUUUUUCUGUUUAAUGUUUAAAGCAAGACAAACAACUACUUCUAUGUAUUAAUAAUUAUUUACUUGAUUAUUUUAAAGUAAAAUACAUUUGCAAAAAAGACAAAACUGAAAAUGUUUAUAAUUUUAUGUGUAAUAUUGCUAACAUUUAAGUAUAUCUCCCACUGCCCUACUUCUCUUUCCUAUCCUUUCCCUUGAACUCCACAUCCCACGAUCCACAUGUAGACAUUCAAUUAGGAGAACAACAUACAUAAAUAGAGAACAAUUGUAAAAAGCAAGCCUACAAAUUGUUACAGAAACGCAACUCUUCGCUCGAGUUACAUAUUUACACGAGUUCAAUCAAAAUAAGAAGGCAAUUAUUUAUAUUUUUCCAAGAAAUGCAUUUACAUAUGAUUCAGCUGCAAUUUGCACAAAUAAAGUAUUUUUCCAAAAAUAAA